ACUUUUUUUUUUUCAUUUUAUCAAUCCAACCAUGGAGUUAGCUAUACUUAAACAACUCAACAUGUGCUUAUGUAACAGAUCACUGAUGACUAUGUUUAUUAAAGAUAAAAAGAGCAAGGAGGAUAUAAUCCAGUCACCAACAGACUGGAAACACCCUGCUGCUCCAGAUAUUUCCGUGGUGCUCCAAGUUACGUUGUAAAAUCAUUUCCCUGUUGGUCCUAUCUACCAACUGCUUGCUGACAUCACCAAUAAUUUAGCCUUGCAGACAUCCAUAAUAAUGAAACACUUUUCUUCUUCUUAACAGCUAUGCUUGCUUUCAGACUUAUGCUUCUGUAUUUUUCUUUCCUUCCAGGUAACGCAUUUGUGGUGAGCCUAGCUUUGGCUGAUCUGGUGGUGGCCUUGUAUCCAUACCCGCUGGUGCUCUUAGCUAUUUUCCGCAAUGGAUGGACACUGGGUGAAACACACUGUAAAGCCAGUGGCUUUGUGAUGGGACUAAGUGUAAUAGGCUCUAUUUUCAACAUCACUGCAAUUGCAAUAAACAGAUAUUGCUACAUAUGUCACAGUUUUGCCUAUGACAAAGUGUACAGCUGUUGGAAUACAAUGUUGUACGUCUCCUUAGUCUGGAUAUUAACAGUAAUUGCAACUGUGCCAAAUUUUUUUGUUGGCUCUUUGAAGUAUGAUCCACGCAUCUAUUCAUGCACGUUUGUCCAAACUGCCAGCUCCUACUACACAAUAGCUGUGGUGGUCAUUCACUUCAUCGUCCCUAUCACCAUUGUCAGCUUCUGCUACCUUCGAAUUUGGGUUUUAGUGCUUCAAGUUCGAAGACGAGUCAAGUCAGAAACAAAGCCAAGAUUGAAGCCAAGUGACUUCAGAAACUUUCUUACCAUGUUUGUUGUUUUUGUGAUUUUUGCCUUUUGCUGGGCACCUCUAAACUUCAUUGGACUGGCUGUAGCCAUUGAUCCUACGGAAAUGGCACCAAAAGUUCCUGAAUGGUUAUUCAUUAUAAGUUACUUAAUGGCCUAUUUCAACAGCUGCCUUAAUGCAAUAAUAUAUGGUCUUCUUAAUCAGAAUUUUCGGAAUGAAUAUAAGCGAAUUUUAAUGUCACUGUGGAUGCCAAGGCUUUUCUUCCAGGACACAUCCAAAGGGGGAACUGAUGGCCAGAAGAGCAAGCCUUCUCCGGCUUUAAACAACAAUAACCAAAUGAAAACUGAAACCUUGUAAAUGUGUAAUAGUCAAUGCAAGAGUUUGUCAUGGAGAAAACCAAGAUCAUAGUUGUAAUGUUCUGGUCAUUCCUGCUUAAUUUUGGGGAGUUUCCACUUGGAUCACACUUUAUGACUGGAAUACUGUCUUCAUAGUAAAGCACAUUGCUCUGGAUUAGUGAUUUAUACAAGAUAAUAAUUGAAAAGAUGUUUCAGAAUUAAAGCAGCAGGUGGGUGCAGGCUGUUUUAGUUCUCAGAGCUGAAUCCUGUUUCCAGACAUAUGAAUGAGGUAUUUUUUUACUUCUGCGGGAGUUUUGCAUUCUUUAUACAAGACCAGGAUUCGUUUCUUUGAAGUUGUAGUGAGUCUAUGUGUUCAUCAGAGCUCAUCAAAGCUCUGGAGUGGUAUUUUCCUCCCUUCUGUGUCUGAACAGAGGGUGAGACAAACGCUAUUUUUCACAUGUAAGCCAAACAUUGCAUUUCUGUGACAAUAAUGGAGUCUUUGAAUCCAAUUUGUAAACUGGAGAGAAGACUAUUUGUGUAAAAGUGAAUAUUAACAUUAGAGACUUUCCUCACAGGUUCUUCAUACUUACAUACAUUGAGAAUGGGAAUAUGCUGUGUCUACUCGCUUCAUCUUUUGUGGUUAAUUUUAUGGUAGAUAAUGUAAUUGGUUGAUUUCUCACAGAUUUACCUUACACAAUAUUCUUCCCUUAGAAAAGAUUGAAUUUUCAUUGAACUUAUUUUAUUCACCAAAAUACCUAUAUAAAAUGUCAUUUGAUGCACUUUCGCACACCUUACACAUUUGAGACAGACUGGAAAUUACAGCAUGUGACCUGUGAUCAUCUGUACUGGCAACUGAACACAGACAGGGUAUCCUAGGUCAUCUCAAAUGAUGCUAGACCAAAAGAAGAAGCCCGUUUGACUAAUGGUAGCUGAUAAACUCAACUCACGUCUACAUCUAAUCUCGAACAAAACCCACUGCUGGUGUCUAACCUACGACAACCUUCAGGGUUCCCUGUAGUGGAGAUAUGUUUCCUUCCAUCUGUGAUGAUAAACACACAUCCAAGGAUAAGAUUAAUUGCUUUGUGGAGGUGCUGGUCUCCUUUCACUGACUUUAAAAGCAGCUUUGAUUAAUAGUUCAAACACCUAAUUUUGGAUAGCUAGAGAGGGAUUUAUCUUGCUUAAUUUGGGAUGAACCCAGUGUAUAUGUUUGCACACAAUCCAUUUUCUAAAUGCUCACAGUAGUUCUUAGAGUCCUAGGAAAUUAUUCCUUUUCUUUUGAAACAGAUAUUUUUAUUGAUCAGGGGAGCUAUCAGCAGAACUCAGUAACUGUACCUUUACUGACUCUUAAAAAGAUCAAGUUGCUCACACACACACAUUUCAGGCAAGGACAGGUCAUCUUAAUUCCAUAAAUAAUUUACCUACACUUCAUAUUUGCAGUUCAUAAAAUAAAAGAUUAUUUUCUGCUUUAUUUUUAAACACAGCUCAAAUUCUAACUGGAUUUCUGCUCUUCCAGGUAACAAAUUGUAACAGUGACUGUGCAGAUCAGAUUACAAUUUGGGUUGUACUCCAGAGCAUCAUAGUAAUUUACACAAUGUGGUUGUCCUAUCUCAAAAUCAGACUAGGAUCUGUGCACAAGCCCACAGUCAAUGAGCUUAUUUUAACAUGAGGCUUGAAAUGCACAUUGCUCUUAGCAUUUCUUAGCAAUGCUGUUCAGGGUAGAUGAGCUAGGUUUCUGGUAAAUCCAUGUCAGGGAUUGAAAUGGAACAAUGAGGAAUUCAGGUUGCUAUUACAUUCCAGAUUUCCUGACCUGGCUAUAAUGAAAAAUAGUUCUGCAGUAAUAUUAAUUUGUACAGCCGAUAUACUCCUUCUGAAGCCAUAAAGAUGUAUUAAACACCACCCUUGUAUUGCUAGAGUGAUAGAAAAAUAUCAAAGAACCACAGUAUUUUAAAUGUUCUGUUAGCUUGUCAAAAGCCUAUGUAAAGUACAGCAAAGUAACACAUGUGAAUAUUAUUUUAGCUGCUUUCAUGUUCUUCACAUGAUUUCUGAUAAUCUCAGAAGUCCAGCACCCUCAGCUCAUACAGUGAUAAGCUGAUAAGAAGAUGAAAACUUUGUGCAUAGGGAUAAUGAAGGCAUGGGACAAAUAUAACCUCGUGGCAGAAAAUAAAAAUACUGUGGCUAAAAGUAGCAAUCAUUAAUAAGUAGGUCUUACCUGAAACGUAAUUUUCUAAGUCUGAAUCAAUUUUGAUAGGUAUUGUCUUUUUCCAUGAUGUCCACAGCAAGAUAUAGAACACAAAAUCAACAUACAUAUAUAUCUACACAGUAAAUGAGAAGUUUUGAAAGUCUCUGAAACUUGUAAGAAAGCAUAUAAUAUUUGAUUCCUGACAGUCUAGCUUUUUCUGACUUCUCUGAGUAGUCAAAAUUGUGAUUUGAAAGUCAAAAUUGUUUGUCUGGCUUAUUGGUGAACUAUUAUUAGAAAUAAGUUGAUAGACCUUGGUUUAUCUCUCACUGGAAUAAGUCAGAAUAGAGUCCAAAAACAAUUGGUUUAGCUCCAUAAAAUAAAUGUAAAUGUUAGAACCAUUUCUUUGGCCAGAAAAAUGAGCUGCUAUUGCUCUCAAUACUCAUGAGGAGCAAACUUGAAAUUUGUAUAAAGUCAUUUUGCAAAUUUUAUCUGCUCUUUAAAAAUUAAAUAUCAUUUUCAGAAUCCUUGUUCUGAUAUGUUCCCAACUAUCCUAAAUUAAGCUCACACAAAUAAUUGAAUAGAAUCACUGAGACGUAGAAUGGCCUGGUUUGGAAGAAACUAGAAAGAUCAUUUUGCCUCUGCCACUCUGACCCAGUCAGGGACACAGCAUUACCUGGAAGGGGCCCUGCACUGUAUGGUAGUUGCAAAGCCAAUUUGCUAUUAUUGUGCCAGGUACUGCUACUUGUUGAGUCCUGAUGUAUGGAAAAUAACUCAUGCUUGUUAUAAUAUAUGUAUAAAACAACUCAUGCUUUGUAGUAAUACAUGGUAUAAAAACUAUUAAAAAUAGUUUUUUAUACCAUGUAUUACUACAAAGUACUGCAUUUUAGUUGACCCGGAAAUCAAUCAAAUCCAUAAAAUACAAUUUUUUAAGUCAAUCAAAUGCAAAAAAAUUAUAUUUAGAUAACUAAAUGUGGCUCUCAAUGAUAAAAAGUUUUUUGUGUAGAAAUGUAUAUUUCUACCUAUAUUUCUAUCAGCAGCCUUAAAUUAGUUUUCUCCCUUUUCUUACUUUAAUUCAAAAUCCAUUUUCCCAAAGUGAAGUUUGAAGGAAAACUCUAUAAAUGCACUAUCAAGAGAGUUGAUAUGGUUAUAGCAUGAUUUGAAAGUAUAGUCAGGAAGAACAUAUCAGCUCUGAACAGAUUUAUGUGUGUUUGAGGAAAUUGUUACUUUUGUUAUAUAAAAGUAUUUACACCAGCAUAUCUGAUAUAGGCACUUUAAGAAAAAAGAGGAAAAAAAGUCAGGUAGACCCUAUGUCCUGCACAAGGUAACUAGUGAAGGAAAAACUAGGACCUCAGGGAAAAAGUCUGUUUCCAGAAAAUGUGGAGUGUUUUCAAACCUUUAGUGUUACCUUGAUUAAAAACUGUUGUAUUUUAUGUUAAUUAAAAGAAGUAAAUGUAUUCUAGAACUGUUCUUACAAUAGAUUUCAGAUUAGAAAAAAUCUUACUCCCAUGUAGAUGGGUGAAGACCAGUUGUAAAUUCUGUUACGGUAAAGAGAGAAGUGGAGGUCUGGUAAAGUCUAAAUGAGACUGAAACAAUGCAUUAAUCUUAUCCUGUCUCUCUGUGCUAGUGAAAAUAUCAGUCUCAAGGAAGAAUUAAAACUAAAGGCACAGUCCUAUUAAUGUUGACUUUGAUGAGAUUUCUCAUUAAAUUAUUGACUGAAUGGAAUAAUUCUGCCUGGCUCAUUCUCAGGAGCAGAAACACCUUUCUGUCUCUCCACUUCUUCCUUCAAGAACGUACUUGGAUAAAAAUUAUUGUUUUCAUUUCCCAAUUGUAUUUUAAUGAAUUGAACCAGUCUGGGAAUUUGCCAAUGAAUAAAUAUAUAUGGAAGAUUGUAUAUAUUUCUUAAUAUGUAUAUAAAACAGUUUUGGUCAUCAGAACAAUUUGUUGCACUUAAAGAUGCUUACAGAUUUAAUGGAAAAUGAGGGAGACAAUUUAUUUUCAUUCAUCUAUUGAAAUGUUGCUAGUUUAACUGGAUCUUGCACAUCAUUAUUAUCUAUAACAAUAAAUCAAUAUUUUACCUCACGUUACAAUGACCAUGCAGUGACACCACUAUGAAUGUCAGCUGCAGGACACACAACUGGUUCCUGUUCAUUGUCUUGUUAGUAACACCUUCAUCUGACUAAUAAGAUUAUUUUUUCAGUCUAUAUUUAUAAAUACUUUUGUGGCAUAAAAUUACUCCAGGUUAAGAACACGAAGGAGCUGUGAAAAGUUGGGCACUCCUAAUUUGACUGGAGUUGGAGGUUAAACCUGGACGUGAUGCACUCUGUGACCCUCUGGACUCGGUCACAGAGGUGGAACAGUCCCAUUCACCAACUGUAGAGACUCUUGUGUUAAGCCCUGCGGGUUUUACUCCUUGUGGAUAGCUGGGAAGGUCCUAUGGAAUGUUGCUGUGUUUCACUCACAGAACAAGUUAAUCUCAUGGCAUUGCACAGGCAAAACUCCAAAUAGCUCAGUGGCUGCAGAAUGAAGCCUCGAAACUGCAGCAUAAAAAGAGAAUUCCUCUUUGGUACAAAGAAGUAGAGCUGACCACAAUAACAGCAUUUUAAAAAAUAAUAUUUUGUGCCUGUAAUGCAUAGCAACUAAUUUUACUCUCCUGUAGACUUAGUGAGGUUCCCUUUACCUAAAGUCAUGGGAUAAAAUCAACUAAAUGCAUGUGAACUGAUAGUACAGUCAUAAAUGAGGGCUGUUGGUGCCAGAUGUGUUUUAUUUACAAACUAAUGAACAUUGAGGUUUUGUUCAAGGAGGAAGAAAAAAGAAGGAGAAAAAAAAAAUUGUGGAAGCAAUUCAUGUGACUGUAUUUUUAAAAUUCUUGUGGUAAAUAACCUGUAUUUGCCUGCAUUUACCAUAAGUGUAAUCAUUAUAUUCUGGGAACAAAAAUCCAAAAGGCUUUGCAAAAACUUAAUUAUACAGUCCCGUUUCAAGGCAAAAGAUACUCUACUGUAGAAACAUGCCCUUCCCAAUUCCUAAUUUUCAGAAGUCUCCAUAGGACACACAGGAUGGUGUGAUGGCAAAACACGGAAGAUUGUACGAUUGCGAACAUAAACGCUUUUUACUUUGUCCACAAAACCGACCCUGCCUGACAACUUAGGAAACACACCUUUAAAACUGUUAAGGGACUUUAAAAUAAAGACUACCUCUGUUUUGAAAUGUU